AGCUUUGCAAAUUCCCACCUUGCCUGAACACAUCAAUGAGAGCCAUCAAAUUGGAAUAUAGACUAUACCACUAUAGUCACCUAGUCCUUUAAGAGCCAACUUCAAUUUUUCACACAAUAGACAAAUUCAUAAAUCAAUGUGUAAUUUUAUUUUAUUUUAUAUUAUUUCAAACUUGUUUUAGGUUAAAAGCGCAGUUCCGUUAAUUAAGAUUAUCAAACAUUUUAUGGUAAAUUUCUUCUCUAGUUUUGAUAAUCCCUAAAUUGAUCGUUAUCCCAAGGUCAUUGUGGAUAAGUCCAUGGGUAAGGGACAAGUGCUCUUUUUAAAUACAAAAUUUUAAAUUUUAUUUUAUUGUUUACGGUGGAAAAGGUAGUAAAGUAGCAGCAGUUAAAAGGAGAAAGAAACUAAGAAAGUGGGCAAACACAAUAGAUAGAUGGAAGAAGAAGAACGAGUGUGGAGUUGGGGUGCUGGGACGGAGGGGCAGUUGGGUAAUUGCAGCCUUGAAGACGAGGUCAGUCCUCAGCUCAUUCGCCAACCCCCUCUUUCUGUCUCCAACGUCUCCUCCCUUGCGUGCGGCGCCGCCCACGUCAUCGCCAUCACCUCCAGUGGGAAGGUACUUUCAUGGGGCAGGGGCAGUUCUGGACAACUAGGCCAUGGGGAGUUUGUUAACAACUCCUUGUAUCCUAAGCCUGUAACAUCACUGGACCCUUACUUCAUAACCAAUGUCUCUGCUGGUUGGAGUCACUCCGCUUUUGUUUCAGAUACCGGAUGCUUGUUCACUUGCGGCGAUGCUUCAUUCGGUCAGCUUGGCCAUGGCGAUUACACAUCACGUUGCUCUCCUGCCAAGGUAUCAUCCUUUGAUAAUCGCCGUGUUGCCAAGGUAGCAUGUGGCAUGCGCCAUUCCCUCGUUUUGUUGGAAGAUUGUUCAUCAAAUCAAGUUUAUGGAUUUGGGUCUGGGAAGCGCGGUCAAUUGGGUGUCUCCAAAGAUAGGGUCAAAUCUAUUAAUCUUCCUCAAGUUGUUAGUGGAUUUGAAGAUGUUGAGACAGUCGACAUUGCUGCAAAUGGAGAUCAUAGUGCUGCAAUAUCUGUUGAUGGAAAUCUUUACAUAUGGGGAAGAGGAUUCAAGGGCUAUGAAGAUGCUAAUUCUCCUCGACGAUUGAACUCUACCUUGAGUUUUACCAAAGUUGCUCUAGGAUGGAACCAUGCUUUAACUUUGACUGCUGCAGGUGAAGUCUAUAUGAUUGGUGGCAACCAUCUUGGAGUGCUUAGUAAUCAUUGGAGUACGAGCUCAGCAAAACAGUUACAUGAUUUAAGAGAAGCCAAUAUGGAGAAAGUCCCUGGCCUUGAUGAUACAAAGGUUGUUGAUAUUGCCGCUGGUGCCGAGCACUCCAUUCUUGUCACAGAGAAUGGAGAAAUAAAGACAUGGGGUUGGGGUGAGCAUGGUCAACUUGGCCUGGGGGAUCCUUGUGACAGGGCCCGUCCUGUUACAGUAAAUCUUGGUUAUGAUAUGGAUGGAGUUUCCUCUAUCAGAGUCUACUGUGGAAGUGGCUUUACCUUUGCUUUAACCAAGCCCUAGAUUCUUCUCAGACUUUCAUGAGGCUUUCAACUUAACUUGGUUAUCCUAAACAUUUUCCUUGUAACUCUAGACUUGUGAUCUUAAUCUAACUGUCAAUUUUCUCAAAAAUGAAAGGAAUACCACUGCAACUAUAAUUUACAGUUACUAACUAUAAUUAUAUAAUUCAUUGAUGAUAAUGCUAGGACUUUGGAUAAUCAAAUUAGCUCUGCAAA